AUUACAUCCCCGAAUCAGGUGCAGGCGGAAUCAACGCGUUGUCUGACGUAAUUGUGGCUAGCUUCAUAUAGGUCCGCGUUCCGCAAGCUUUCGAGGCAGGGAAGGGCAAGAAAAUGGCGGCGCUACGAAUGGUCGUGCUAUCGGGGACUGGAAAAGCCCUCCUAUGCACGCCAAAAACGAUCAAGGCACCUCGGGUAUGAUAUGUUUAUGAUCUCAAUGCUGUAUUGUGAGUAUGUUCGCUUCUGCCUAUUUUUUGUAGGAAAGAGAACACUCUCAAAGCCACCCUGACCGCUAGCUAGCUAGUAAUGUAGCUAUAAGGCAAGGUCACUCGUGCAAUGCUAACGUUACCAAAUGUGAGCUAGCUUGCUACAUUAUAAGGCAUUAUCCAGCGUGUGAUCCUUGCUAUUUUGAAGCGAUGGAUGGCUGAAAAUAGUAUUGUGUGUUUGUUAGCCUUGGAACGUAUACCGUCGCCAGUUGAUGGGGGAUAAUGCCAUGUCAGGUUCCGUUAACAGGGUAACGUUAGCUGGAUAUCUGCUUUUCUUGCCCUGUCUCAUCAGUUUGAUAACAACAGUAACGUUAGCCACGUAGGAAGCUUGCUGGAAAGCAAAACCCAGGUAGCCAGCUAACCAGCAAUGAGAUUGUAACAGAGCCAGAGAUGUAGUUUGAAUUGACAUAGCUAGCUAACUAGACGUAACUUCGCUAGUUGGCUAGAUUUGUAUUUAUAAAAACGAUUGAUUUGAGACUGGCUAGUAGAUGCACUACUAUCUAUAGGUGAGGCUCUUAACUGGGAAAUGUUAUCCUAACUAACGUUACAUGACAACACAUGUUUAUGUCGAGGUUAAUGUGUGGAUAUCAUUAACGUUAUUCUUAUAAAGGGUAUUUGUUGCCAGACAGUAUAUCAAAUUGAUAUCGCUCUGACUUCAUUCCUAGCAUGCACCUGUUCAUCAAUCACUGCUAUCUAGCUAGUUAUGCAUCUAUGUUGCUAUUUGCCUAACCUGUCUUGUGAUGCUAGAAGUCUCACUCCUUUGGUAUCUGUUGUGAAACCCAGGAUAUAAGGGCAGUUACAUAAGCACUUGGCUGUAUGCCUUGACAUUAGAUGCAUAUUCAGUGAUAUCAUCAUGAACCAACAAAGAUUGAUGACAAUAUUGAAGUAAUUUUGGUCACAGCAAAAGUUCUUGUGAAAAAUACCUCACAUGGAUGCUUUGGAUGACAAAUUAUGCAACCCCAGUAUGUCGGUAGCUAGCUACAUUAGUCAUCUCAUGUCAACUCUCUUCCUCGACAGGCCAACAUGUCAUUUGCCAGUCUACCCAGGUCGAAGAAGGUGGCCCUGACAACGUUUGGUGUGUUGACGACCAGUGGGGCCGGGCUGGCUCUGAUGCUACAGCAGUCUGUUAAGGCCUCAGACCUGGAGCUUCACCCCCCCAACUACCCCUGGACCCACAAUGGCAUGUUGUCAGCCCUCGACCACGGCAGGUAUUAGCUAACUCCUAACCAAGAAAGACACACAAUUACUUUCUACCAUAUCUUGUGUAAUUGCAUAUAACAUCAUACAGUAAUGUCAUCACCCAGGCUUUUUCCAGUGCUAGUAAUGGAACAUUUGAUUUGAGACUUUGAGAAUUGUUUCUGUUCAUUUUAGGGAAAUAUAAUUUUUCUACGGCAAUCUUCGGUAACACUUUACUUGACACCCAGUGUCAUAACACGUUAUGACAGUCAUAACAGCUGACAGAACUUGUCAUAACCUUUCAUAAUAUGGUCAUAACGCUGUCACAAACCAUAUUUACACCUGUUGUGACAUAUAUUGCGUUAUUUUAUGGCAGGUUAUGACACCUACAUAAGUGUCAAAACCCAGUUAUUCAAAUUAGUUUUUUCUCUGCCAAGAAGUUUCCUUUCGUUUGAAAGUUUGUUGUUGUAAUGAAUUCUUUACACGUUUUUUCCCAUCAUAUUUUAAAUAACUUGUAAAAAAAUAAACUUUAUUACACUGUCAAGAAGCGUUAUGAUAAUCAUAUAAACCAGAAAGGCCUACCACGUACAUGCCCUUAUAUCAGUCAUCAGUCAAAAAGAGGGUGUCUUGUCCUGCUCCUGAAAUCUGCUCCUGCAUUCAUCCCAGUCAUCAGCAACAGAGCAUUGGGUUGGUACAUGUCUGACAUCAAUUUGUGCUCAAUUACAAUGAUAAUUUAAUAUGGUCAAUUUCUAAAAAGUUAUGUAACAUAAACAUACUGUUGACACGUAGGCUAUGGUGUAAUGGAAUGUUUUGCCUUGUGUGGUAAGUUUUGUGGGUUUUUACACUUAUGUUGGUGUCAUAACCCGCCAUAAAAUAACGCAAAAUAUGUCACAACAGGUCUAAAUAUGUGUCAUGAGUGUUAGGACUAUAUUAUAACAGGUUAUGACAAGUUAUGUCAGCUGUUAUGACAUGGUAAUGACCGUGUCAUAAUGUUAUGACACUGGGGUGUCAAGUAAAGUGUUACCGAAGCUUGUUAAUACAUACUAGAUCAUAUUUGCCUGACAAGGAGGACUGGAUGAAAUGGAUAGUAACUUGUCUGUUUUCUUUAUAUUGCAGCAUCCGUCGUGGAUAUCAGGUGUACAAGCAAGUGUGUUCAGCGUGUCACAGCAUGGAGUAUCUGGCCUUCCGUAACUUGGUUGGAGUGUCGCACACAGAGGCCGAAGUGAAGGUUUUGGCUGAGGAGGUAAGGCUUUGUCCUUGGCCAUUAGAUUAAACAAGGUCAUGACCUUAUAGAUGACUGUAUCAAUCCCUCUGGCUAGAACUUGCCCUUAGGCACAGUUCCAGGAUCAGCUAUCCCUUUUCCCUAUCCUAAAAUGUACCAUUAUGAGCAGAAAUGCAAAGCUGACCUAUCAGUUUCUAGCGACAUCUUGGUCCUUCUCCAAGUCACUGACCACCGUCUGUGUUCUCCGCUCAGAUUGAGGUGGUGGAUGGCCCUGAUGAGUCGGGAGAGAUGUUCACCCGUCCAGGAAAGCUCUCCGACUACUUCCCCAAGCCAUACCCCAACCCAGAGGCUGCCCGUGCGGCCAACGGCGGAGCCUUGCCCCCAGAUCUCAGCUACAUCGUCAAUGCCAGGUACUUUGUUGCUAACGCCAGAGUAUCUGGUGAUGGGGCAUAUCAACAGUAAACGAAACGUUAGAUUUAAGUUAGAAUAUAUUGUAACCUUUUCUUACCCCAAAUACGUUUUUACUGUCUAUGAAGCAGGAUAAUACUUUCGUAAAUCCACAGCAAGACACUCCUAUUAAAUCAUACAAUGAUAUCGUACCUUAGCUUGCCUUACAAGUGCCUUGUCCUAAGUUGUUUUUCUCCAUUGCUCCAGACAUGGAGGUGAAGACUAUGUGUUCUCCCUACUGACGGGUUACUGUGAGCCCCCUGCUGGAGUGGAGGUGAGGGAGGGCCUCUACUACAACCCUUACUUCCCUGGCCAGGCCAUCGGCAUGGCUCCCCCGAUCUACAAUGAGAUCCUGGAAUUCGAGGACGGUCAGUAGGAUUCCCCCUGCUUGGGAUCACUAACUUGAAAUAAUAUGAUGAUAAAUCAAUUCAUAAAGUCCUUUUUAACCAUUGUGCUCCUAGGACUCAAUUUUAACCCUUGACAUGACAGACUGAAUAUCUAGGUUCUGGUGUCUAUAUAGUAAUAGACUAAUGAAUUGAUAUAGUAUAGUGUAGUGUAGUAUUUUCCAUUUUGGUCAUUUAGCAGACGCUCUCAACAAGAGCAACUUACAGUCAGUGCUUUCAACUAAGGUAGAUAAGACAACCACAUAUCAUAAACAUUGCAAGUAAAACCUUCCAUUCUCAUGUGAUCACAGGAACCCCAGCCACCAUGAGCCAGGUGGCCAAGGACGUGUGCACCUUCCUACGGUGGGCAGCCGAGCCUGAGCACGACCAGCGCAAACGCAUGGGCCUGAAGGUAAGCUGGGAGGGGGCACCACCCUCUGGCGUAAUAGAAAUAGCAUCCCAAAUGUAUUCUCAACCUGGGGUGUAAUCAUUAGUGCAAGCCGUAGCAGAACAUUUUGCAAUGAAAACAAGUCUAUUUUCAAAUUCAGUUAGUCCCUCUCCAUUUCGGUCCGUUUACUUCCAUUUGGUUUCUAGUAAAUACACCUCUGAUUUGAGACAUUUCUUUCCGUUGUUUAUGACCAAAUUACUUAGCAGUCUUGAAAAUCGGUAGGCCUAUGUGGAGCAUUGUUUGGUGUCAAGCAAUCCAAGGAGGGGAUUUGACUUAGUAGUGCUUCCUUACUUUCCCCCAAAAAAAUUAUACAGUGGCCACCAACCAUUUCUGGGUCAAUAUCAGAAGCAAGCAGAGAUCAACCGCUCAGAUUUUUGUUUUAAACAUGAACAAAUGUAAGCCUAUACAACAUUAACCUAAUAAAAACAGUUCUGUAGGAAUGAGGUUUGUGCAGUAGGCCUAUUACAUUAUCACAGCAUAUUGGGUCUUCGGGUUUUUGUCCCUCCCUUGUACUUCAUUGAUGCAUAAAGGUCACUAAUUAGGAAAGAUCUCACCUGGUUGUCUAGGUCUUCAUUGAAAGGAAAUACCAAAAGUCUGCAGACACUAGGCCCUACACGGAAUGAGUUUGACACCCCUUUGUGCUGUAUUAUCUCACCAACCCCCUCGUCACACCACUGGGUAGCAGAGGUUCUGUUGUCUUUGCAUCCUCUAGGUCUGAUAUCUGAUUGGAAGUUCACUUUUACAGUAUCCUAUUGGUCAACAACUCAGAUUUUAAAUCCAAACAACUCGGAUGCUUAUAAAAGGGUCUUAGAAUCAUUCUCAUAUUAUUUUUAUUUAUUUUUGUUCCCGAUCUGCGCUGGUGAGAGACUCACUUUCUCCACCCAUGGGACUCUUGAGGCAUGCCUUGUAAUUCUUGUUAAUGCUUUGUAACUUAAGCUUUAUGCCAUGUAUGUGAAUCUCAUCAUUUUACAAGGUUAGUAAAUAAUACUUGCAUUUUGCAUUCACUUCUUAUGACCAUUUCUUGAUCUUAGCCAAACGCAUAAUACUUGAUUACACAUGGUUUUACAAUAAUUUUAAAUGGAGUCAGGUUUAUCAAAUGUAGUUUUGUUAAAUAUUAUUUAUGCUUGGCUUGCCAAUAUUGUUCUUCUCAGACCAUAUUAUAUUUCAAAACUCAAGCUUUGAUAACAAAAUAGAUGUUGCUGUAUCACUUGCGAGGCACAGCUGAGCAUAAGUCAUUCGCUUUUUUAUUUUACUGGACUGAUGGUACCUGCAUCUGAUGGUCCAUCUCAGCCGAGAGAGAGAGGAAGAGCAGCAGAGGGGUCCCUGCUCUCUCCUUUCCUUCGGUGAGACUGACCAGAGAGAGGGGACACCACCUUCCACCUGAUGGCGAAACUCGAGCCGCACCGCAUUAUUUUUGUUUCAUGUUAUUCCUCUAUUCAAAUGGGCACGACGAGCUGCAAGUAAUUAAUUGCAGCGCGAGUGGAAGUAGGGAGAAGUACGUUUUUAUGUAUAGAAAAAGUGUUGAAUAAAAACAAUGACCGUGCUGAAUAAACUUGAACUCAUAAAAACAGCAGCUUUUUGCUUUAUUCUUUCUGGUCAUAGUUUUUAAAGUUAUGAAAUCUCACGUAGGCUAGUAUCAAACUUUGCUCUUGGGUCGUGGAAGCUGUAGGCAUGGUGAUUUGAGCUAUCCGAUUUCCCAGUGCCGUAGGCACAUUUGAUUUAGCCACAGCUCUCCUGGUCUGCCAGGCAGGCGGAGUUUGUCCCUUCAGACAAAUUAAAUGGUUCAAAAUAGGUAUUCUGAAUCAAGUACACCUACCGCCAACAGCGCAAGACGAAUAAGAAAACUAAAUAGGAGUGCAAGCCUUUAUCAUUGGUUUUUCUACAGAAAUGUUUGGUGAUUGACUAGGAAUGCCGUUAAGAUCGACCAGUUGGUGACCACUGUUUUAAUACAUGACAAGUAGUGCUUUCAUAUAUAUGAAAUUAAAUGCAAUGAAUGUAUUUAACAGAACUUAAUAGAAUUUAAAAAGACUUGAGGGAUCCAACUCACUCAAACUCUUUCUCCCCCCCCCCCCCCCCCAGCUGCUCAUGGGUUCCGCCAUCUUGGUCCCCCUGGUCUAUUACAUGAAGAGGCACAGGUGGUCUGUGCUGAAGAGCAGGAAGAUCGCUUACAGGCCCCCCAAGUAAAGACCUGGACAGCUGCGUUCUGCCUGCCCAUGUGGCUGCUCAGCUCGAACUCUGACCCCUCUGAUUUGCGAUUGUCCAUCUUUUUGAAAAACGCACAUGCAUUUAAAAUAUGGUUGCCCUAAUUCAUUUGAUGGGUGUCUUCUCAAAACAAGUUAUUCUCUGCCAACAGGGAAGGAUGCAAACACAACCUCUUGUUUUACAAAACAAGGUAUCGAAAGAAACGUGUUUCCCAACUCCAGUCCUCAAGUAGCCCCAACGGCACCUAUUUUUUUGGGGGGAGGAAACACGGGUAUAGUGGUUAACCUGUUCUUUUGAGGGGAUUCUCAACUGAAGUCAUUGUAUGUUCCUGCAACCUUCUUGUGCUGUUGUGAAUCUGUCACGUUAUAGGUUCUCUACACUUUGUUGUGUAAAUAUUUAAUAAACACAGGUGUACCGAAUAAACCAUGUUCUAACCCGAUA